CGCAGACUUAUGGGUAAUGCAAGGUGCAGGCGGUACAGCGGCACGCUGAAGAACGACAAGAAAUUGCUUCCGCAGUUCAGUUAGCCGGCGAGGUUAAAUGCUGUGUAAGUGUACGCUGUCGGAAUCUCUUUUUUUCAGUAACAGAGUGUUUUUGCUAAGUGUCGCAGUAUGAGUCUGAACGAGCAUUCACUGCAAGCGCUGUCCUGGAGAAAGCUGUACCUGAGUCGAGCUAAACUGAAGGCUUCCAGUCGGACCUCGGCUCUGCUGUCUGGAUUUGCUAUGGUGGCUAUGGUAGAAGUGCAGCUGGACAACAGCUACCCCUACCCACCUGCCCUCCUUAUCGCCUUCAGUGCCUGCACCACUGUGCUCGUAGCCGUUCACCUGUUCGCUCUGAUGGUCAGCACCUGCAUUUUACCCAACAUAGAGGCCGUGAGCAACGUCCACAAUCUCAACUCGGUGAAGGAGUCCCCACAUGAGCGAAUGCACCGACACAUUGAGCUGGCGUGGGCGUUUUCCACAGUCAUUGGUACUUUGCUCUUCCUGGCAGAGGUGGUUCUACUCUGCUGGGUUAAGUUUUUGCCCAUCAAGCCCAACAAAUCCAGCAACAGCACAGUUUCCUCCGGAGUGGCUGCUGCCAUUACCUCCACCUCCAUUAUGGUGCCCUUUGGUUUGGUUUUCAUAGUCUUCGCUGUGCAUUUCUAUCGCUCCUUGGUGAGCCACAAGACUGACAGACAGUUUGAGGAGCUGGAGGAGCUCUCCAACCUCACCAGGCUACAGAAUGAGCUCGAUAACAGAGGAGAAUCUUCCAUCUUGCAGUCGCCAAGCUCACAUUUCCCAUAGUCGGGUCCAGCUGAUGCACAUUUGUGGUGGAACUCGUGACCCCUUUGGGAAUUCUCCAAGUCAGAAGCCACCUUAUUGGCUUCUAUGGUUUUUACAGGAAUGAAGAUUAAUCUCACUCUUUAUUGUGAAAUUUAUUUUGUGAAGAACAGUUGUAUUUUUUAGAAAACACACUUGAUUGACUGUGAACUCGUAUAUCCGCCGUGCUGCAUGUAGCUUGAAAUCGGAAAGUCUUAACAGUGGUAGCUGCCUCACUGAUCUCCAACGGUAUGGGAGAGACAUCUGAACAGUAACCUGGAAUCCUGUCUGUUGCUGCCUGCUGUAUUUAUUUAACCGUCUGUCAGUGAAUACUUCAUUUGUUUAUGUAUAUUACCUUGUGAACCACGUGUAUUUAACCCUUUUCUCCCAUUAUUUACAUAGUUUUCUUGUUUUUGUUUUUUUUAAGUGUUCACAAUUUGCAUUCGGAAUGCUCUCCCUUUGUGUCGACUAGUCAGCUGCCAAACUUACAGUACAACUUAAGUAUGUUUUGUUCUCAUGUGUUGCACAGGCUGUGGUGUUCAAAUAAACACCUUUUCACAAAGUGGUGUUCAAAGUUAACAAUCAUAGCAAAAAAAAAAUGUGACUGCGUGUGGAGAGUCUGGUUUGGGCUUCGUGAGGAUGCGGCCUUGUUAGGAGGCAAGGUACAUGAUGCCCGCUGUGAUAGAUAGAUGUUCUGCCCUUAUAUUACACAGACUUUGCACUAUGGAGCUGGCAGGAUAAAGAGCCUCUAAUGUCAGAGCAAGCCAGACAUUUGUGUUGUCACACACUGCUGACAUUUUUAUGCACACUAACACAGUUUUAUAAUCUCAUUUGGAUCUCUGCUGCACACUUAAUGUUAAUAUUAGUUAUUAGUGCUUUAUUUUGAAGAGUCUGAGCACUCCACUUGUCUCACAUAUUCUGAACUGGCAUUUUGCUCUUGUGAUUCAGUUUUGAAGUAUGUACCGAUAGCUGUUCAAUUGUGUUUUUAACAUAAAAAGUGAUUAUUUUGAAUUAAGAAUCUGUGUGAGCCUGUACUCCAGAUGUGGUCAGAGAUGUGUUUACUUAAGCAGCUGGGACAUUGAUAGAUGGCCAUAAUGCAGUUGCUAGGGAAAUAAAAUCAAAGUAUAAUGAAAAA